GAGAAGCUUUUAUCCAUUGCGGUUGAAAGUCGUGUGUACAUGUAGGUUGAGUUUGUACGUAGUAACUCGAAAAUUGAAAUAACUAGAAAUGACAUAAAAGACAUAAAGACAUUAUUUUAGUUUUCAAAGCGUUUUGGUUUGACGAGGAAGGCUUGGUAAUUUGUGUUCUCCAGGAAUAUGAAAUAGGUACAGAGGCUGUAUAUGUGUAUACUGCUGUGUAAGUACAUGCAUCUCAAAAUUGCACAACAACGGACAACCUACAGUUAAACCCCUUAACUAACUUCGAGGUGUUUUUCACAACACUUCUUAAGAGUGGUGUGGAUCUACAACACCUCUUGAAAAGUGGUCUGCAUCUGACGUCGUCAAAGUUACAAGAUCCGAAAUGCUUACCCGCUACUCUCAAGUCCAUGAUUUUCAUGUCUCUGGACUAUUUUCUUAACUAAAAUAAUACAGAAAGUCUUUCAAAUGCAGACAAACCCUGAAUCUCUCUAUCAAUCGACUUGAGCAAGCCGGGUUAUCAAAAAGCUGCCAAAAAACAAAAACAACGAGGCAUGAAUAAAGAAAACUGUGUCCUGUAUUGAAUAAAUUUUUUUUUUCAUCAUGGAUUCAGGAAGUAAAAAAUUGCUAUAGCAACGAAGUAGACCUACGGAGGGGCAGUCUAGAUCAGAUCACGUUUCAAGGAAAAUGAAAAAAAUUCUUUCACAAUUCAUAGAAAACAAAUAGACAUUUUACGCAACACGAAAAAAAAAGACAUUUUUCACUCAAGCCUGCAAAAUUAAUGAGAUUUUGAAAGCGAUGUCCAAAGAACAGCCUUCUUCUUUUUUCGGCAAGAGGCAAAAGGAAAACUAAUGUAGAGGGAGCGAACAGAUUGCCUUUACCUCGAAAGUAAUGGAAAACAUAAUCAAAAUUUCACGACGAAUUGAACAAAAUGUGUUCAUCAAAAAUUCAACAAAGAACGACUUUCUGUCUUCAUAUUUUGCAUAUUUUAUCCCUAUAAUCCCUUCCAAUUGUUUUAAAUCAAAUUUUCGAUUCUUUUAAAGCAAGCAAAAUAAGAUUACUACAUCACUGCAGACCAUUUCUGCUAUUGAGACUAUAUUUGAGACUGCAUGCAGUUUUCAGUCACACUCUACAUUAGUUCGUCUUAACACUUAUUUGUUAAAUUCCCUGCAGGAAAGACAAGUGCAGUCAACUUCAGAGAAACUGUAAGUAAGCUUCAAAGAGCAGAAACGAUGAGAGAAUUCCAGCGUUUAAUGUUUGAAUGGAAAGAGAGAGAAACAAAAACCAGAGUGCCAGGUGAAGGUGAAUUUGUUGGGGUGCCCGGUGAACUGCGUGGAUUUGAGAUCGCGUGGAGGGAACACGGAAGUAAGAAACUAAGCUGGGGAGACCUUUUUCAACCUGCUAUUGACAUCGCUACUAAAGGUUUCCUAGCCACUCCCGCUUUGAUAGCUGCAGUGGAAAAGAAUGGACCCAACAUUACAAAUGAUCCCGGGUUAAGUGAGUUAUUCAAGCCAAAUGGUAGAUUUAUUAAAGACGGUGACCUCAUAAAGAGAACAAAAUAUGGAAACACUCUUAAAAAAAUAGCAAAAUCCGGAUCUGCAGAUAUCUUCUACUCAGGAAAAAUGGCGGAGCAGAUCGUUAAAGACCUGAGAUCCAUCGGUUCCAAGAUUUCCGUCGAGGAUUUAGAAAAUUACCAAGCCAGUAAAGUCAAAGCCUUGGAGACCGCCCUUCCUGGGGUGGAUGGGCACAAAAUUAUGACCGUCCCACCUCCUGCAGGGGGUGUAGCCUUGAUUGAUAUCUUGAACAUUCUUAAAGGGUUCAAGUUUGGCCCAGAGGACAUGAAAAAGCACCCGGUUCUGACGUAUCACCGUAUGAUUGAAGCAUUCAACUUUGUAGCGGCCAGAGAGACUUACCUCACAGAUCCUGCCUUUGAUAACAAGGGAGACGAGAUUGUCAAGAAAAUGUUGGAUGCUGAAGAAGGCGAGAUGCUACGCAAAAAAAUUGACAAUAAGCACCACAGUUACAACUAUUACGGUCCGAUUAACUACCACAUUGAUGUGACAGAUGGUACAACUCACUUGUCUGUGCUUGACGAAGAAGGAAAUGCUGUUGCCUUGACAACGUCAAUCAACAAAUAG